AUGCCUUUCCUUGGAAAAGAUUGGCGUGCUCCGGGUGAGACCUGGGUCCGUCUUAAUCAUACAUCUGGCUGGGAACGUAUUAAACUUCGGCCUGUCCAAAUCUGUGGUCUUGGUGAAUCCAAAGACGACGACCUGUUUAAAGGACGAACCUCAUCUAUUAGUAUAUCCAGUGUUGAUGACAUAUUGAGCUCCAGUCCAACACAGAGUAAUCCACGAAGUGAUUCUGACGAUUCUGGUAAGAUUUUGUGAUCUUGACUUAUCUUUCUUCAGCUGAAGAAGAGGAUGAAUGGCAGCCGUUUGUAUUUGUGAAACAAAAUCGAUCAAAAGAAGUAAGUCAUAUGAAAUGGCACCACCUUAUAUGACAUUAUCUGAAAUAUUUCAGUUUAUCGGUUGCACAAGCAUGAGCGAAGCAUUUCAUCGACUUGAUCUUGCCCGUGCUGUACUGGACGUUCGAAGAUUUAAUUACGUUUGCAAGGUAAGAUCUAUCUCGCAAAUGUGGUAGUUUAGGUUGUUCAAAUUUUGGUGAAUGAAAAAUUACAAAACCUCAGUGCAACUGCCCGCAAGCAUCUAUUUGCCAUCAUUCAGGCCAUCGUGAUUCAUAGUAAGUCUUUUUUGCCGGGCUUUCCUCAUCCGCUGGACUCUUAUCAUCCAUCAGCUGUCCUUAAGAAACUAGACAAGGGAGAAGGGUCAGCUGAGGUGAUAUCACAAUCAAAACACAUGUGACGAAUAAAUAAACCUUUGAUCUUUAGGUGUUGAAAGAGAUCUUCACGUGAGCACGGCCAGAGAGUUGGUUUCUCAGUUCGGCACUGGGCUGGAAGGUCACGUGUGCGGCUCCCCCCAACUUGUUAGUAAACAACUCGAUAUGGCCAACGAUCUUCUUGACAUGAUUGUGGACCAGAAUCCAAUCACACUGGCGGAGUCCAGCGAGGACUCGUUGACCUUCCUCGACCUUCCCAAAGAAAUCAUCGCUCUUAUAUUAAGACGACUGCCCGAUCAUUUAUCCAUGUUGGAAGCAGCCAAAGCCCACGAGACUUUGGACUCCCUAGUGUCCCACGAAUCUCGCCUCUGGCAAUCGUUGGCAAAGUUUCAUUUCACAGAGGAACAAAUUCAAAAACAACUGAAGUCUGAGAUGACAUGGCGCCAUAUCUUCUAUCAAUGCAAAAAAUAUUACGGGUUGCGGGAAAUGUAUGCUGAUCUCAUCCAUAUUUGUUGCCAUUGCAAAGCUCUGUUUUGGAAGGACCAUGGCCAUCCAUGUGUUGGCCGUGGAGAAGCUCCUUCAGUCCGUGUGACUCCUGCCCAGUUCGUGGACAUGUUAUUGUUUCUAUAA